CACAAACAAAUAACAACGAUCACUUUGACUUUGAAUUUCGGUAGAGAAUGGUUUACAUGUUGUGCAUUGAAGGAAGAAGAAUAAUUGUAAAUUAGAAGUGAAUUAACACAUAAAUAAAAAGAAAACGAAUUAGAAUCAAAUUCAACAUUUGAUAUUUUCCGGAAAAGUGCUAUCUAGACCGGAGUAAAAGAUGGUGGAAAAAUUAAUAAAUACCGAUCGAAAGAUCAAUUCUCCUGACAAAAAAGUUCAAAACGAAAAUAAUGACUUAACAAGUCAAAAUAUGGAAUUACACUUUGUACGCCAUAAGUUGGAGGCAUUUCAGGCAAACAUGUUGCGUGACGUUCAGAAACGUAUGUCCGGUAUGAUAGACGAGGUCAUGCAAGAACUACGUCAACAAGAACUGCAAGCCCAUGAAUUUCGUAAUUUUGCCAAAACACAAAAUCAACAGCAGUCAAACACCUGGAGUAAUCGUGUACAUUCAACAACAACAACGACGUCAGAGGAACCCUUAGAAAAAACAACUGUGGAUGGAAAUUCAUUUCAUGGUGACGAGGAAGAAGAUGAACAACAAAAUGCAACCGAUAAAACUGCUACGCAAUCACUCGAAAGAAGAACUUCGAAUGUUUCAUCAGAUAGUGAUCACAGUAAAAGCAAUGAAUCGACACAUUCAAGAAAGAAGCGGCGUCUUCGAACACUUCCCGAUAAAGUCUUCCGCAGUAGGGAGUCCUACCUGACAGCUCUUCUGGAAGUGGAUCAUAUGAAGACAAUAUAUCAUAUAUUUUAUAUCAUAUUUAUAGUGUUUUUGCUGAAUAAUGUCACCUACGAUUACUUCGUUAAUGGCAGUGUAAAUUUCGGCCUGGGAACAUUUAAAGCAAGUUUUGCUAAAAUCCAGUAUGUUCUAGGAAUAUGGCUUGUGCAAAAUACUUUUGUAUGUAGCAUAUAUUAUGCACUUAGUGGCUGGUCCUUUGUCAGAUCCAAACUUGCCAAACGAGAAACAUUACAAAGUCUAUGGUCCACAUCCUGCCUUCUUUUAUACAUUACCUCCCAACUGAUAUUUACCUAUUUGCCAACCAAAAUUUGCUUAGUAUUGGAUCUGCCAUAUGUAACGGCAUGUGUCCUGCUGCUGGAGAGCGUUCGCAUGCUAAUGAAAAUGCACGGAUUCGUAAGGACAAUUAGUGCUCGGCUACUGCAAGGCAAAUUGAAAUCUGAUAAUGACACAGCAGAAUCCAAAGGCUGUCUUAUGCCACCUUUCCAAAAAUAUUUCUAUUAUUUAUUUGCGCCUACUUUGCUGUACCGCGACAACUAUCCCCGUACAGCAGUUAUAUGUUGGAAAUUUGCCCUUGGUCGUUUCCUUGAGGUCGUGGCCAUUGCAUUCCUCUACAGCUAUAUUUACGAACGUCACAUCAAAGUUAUUUUUGGCAAUUUUGGUAUAGAGGAGAUAACAAUUGGAUCGAUUAUCAUCAAGCUGUUUGGUAUGCUAAUGCCAUGCAUUAUUAUCUACCUAUGUGGUUUCUAUUUAAUACUGCAUUCAUGGUUAAACUUUACGGCCGAAUUGUUGCGUUUCGGUGAUCGCAUGUUUUAUCGCGAUUGGUGGACAGCCAGUAAUUAUGAGGCAUAUUAUCGCAAUUGGAAUGUUGUAGUUCACGACUGGCUAUAUGAAUACAUCUACAAAGAUUUCUAUUUGUAUAUCUUUAAAGGUUCCAAAUUUGCAUCCUCCCUGACGGUGUUCACCAUAUCGGCCCUAUUUCAUGAGUAUGUGCUGGGAUAUGCGUUGCAAGUUUUCUUUCCAGUCAUGUUUGUAUUUUUUGGCAUCAUUGGUGUAUUAAUGAUUUUCCUUACCCGCAUCGCCCCAAAGAAUCUUGGAAAUAUAAUGCUUUGGUUUUCUCUGAUCUAUGGCAACUGCAUGAUGAUCUCAUUAUAUAGCAUGGAGUAUUUUACCCGAGUUAAUUGUCCCAAAGAUUCAUAUGAUAGCUGGUCUGAUAUUCUAAUACCACAUUUGUGGAGUUGUUACAUGAAGUGAAAGGAGUACGAUGGAGAAAAGUGGGGGGAGCAUAUUGAUUGAGAUUUCUUCUGAUUAUUUUUCGGAAUUGUGAUACUGCAAACAUAAAAUAUAUAUUGAAAUAAAUAUGAAUGUUCUGCUUAGUUAUUAAGUUAAGUAACUAUAUCUUAGGAAAAAUAUAUAAUUUGAAUAAAUGUUUAAAAAAAAGUGAUUUU